AUGUCUCCCAUAGAAGGAGAGGCUCAUAUGAAGGCCGCUUGGGCCUUCCCCAACUCCGACAACACAGGUGGUGGCGAGGUCGCCAUGAAAACUAGUUCGAAGCUUCGUGUCGGCGAGAAGCGAAAGCGGAAUGGCGAUGGGAAGAGACUGCUCGGCUCUAAAUGUGGAGGAGAAAACAUUGAGGACCUGCGAAUUUACGAUGAGUCAAAUCGCGAGUUGCAUAUAUGUACAGAGAGGGAGAGGAGGAAGAAGAUGAGAAACUUGUUUAGUAAUCUUCAUGCACUCCUCCCCGACCUUCCAUCUAAGGUAGAUAAAUCCACCAUAGUGGACGGAGCAGUGAGCUACAUAAAAGCGCUUGAACAAACGCUACAAAAUCUCCAGAAGCAGAAGCUUCGUCAGCUAAUGGUGGAUCUCUCGCCGACAGCAACGGCUACGUUGGAAAGCAAAGUGGCUUUCAUGGCUGAUGAUCAGGGCAAGAACAGCAGCAGCGGGAAUGCGACGGCGACCGCUGCUGUGGUUCCUCGCCUUCCAGUCUGCUUCCAGACCUGGAUUUCUCCUAAUGUGGUGCUCAAUGCGGCCGGUGAAGAAGCUUUUAUUAGUAUCUGUUGUGUGAAGAAGGCAGGGUUCCUCUCUUCAAUGCUCUUCCUGCUUGAUAAGUAUAAAGUGGAGGUGGUUUCAGCUCAUUUUUCCUCUGAUAAUUAUUCCAGAAGCAUGUGCAUGAUGCAUGCACGUGUAAGAAGAGAAUCGGAUCAUUUUCCUGAGACAUUGAUGAUUGAAGAGACAUACAAAUCAGUAGUUGGAGAGAUGAUUGCUUGGCUUUAUUCAUGA